GGCCUUGACCGCUGCCGGGCCGCCUGCGGCCUCCUCGCCGCGGGGGCCUGAGGGGCUGUCGAGUCCCUCCGCUCGCCGGUUUGUGCAGUACCGGCAGCUGCGGCUGCCCCGUCCGCCGGCGGGCCCGUCUUCGUGCGGCUUCGGGGAUCCGCUGGCGUGGCGCGGGGGACGAGGCGAAGAUUAUCCGGGCGUUUUCUCUAGUGCGGUGGUUGUUAAUGCCGAUUGUCUGAAUCAAUAAAGGUGCUGUGAUCGGCGCUGGACUCACGUCUUCCGGGCUUUUCCAGUACUUUGAUGCGCUUCAUGGUGUUCUCGGCAGGCAGGUUUCUUUGGGAAAGAGUUACGGUUUUUUGCCUUCGCCACAGGUGGUCUGUUCUUGUUGCCUGCAGACCAAAAGGAAUUCUGUGCAGUAUGUUUUCUCAGUGGAACUGGGUGGCCCAUGGCUUGUAUCUGCUGCUGAAUGUUUGUUAUCUUAAAGUUUCAGGUGAACUUGUACAGUCAUGUGGUCACAUCAUCCCAGAGUCUCCUGUAUUGGCCCUUGGUUCCAAUUUCACGGCAUUUUGCAUUCUGAAUGAGUCUUGUCUUGACUUUGGCAAUAUCUAUGCUAAUCAGAUUAUCUGGAAAAUUAAAAAUAAAGUGGUACCUAAAGAGCAGUAUCAUGAAAUAAACAGAACAGUUUCCAGUGUCACAUUUAAUGACACUUCUUCUCUGGCUACCCCUCUGACAUGCAACAUUUUGGCAGAUGGACAGUUUGAACAGAACAUUUAUGGAAUUACAGUUACAGUAGGCUUGCCCCCCGAGAAGCCCAAGAACUUAAGUUGCAUUGUGCACCAAGUGUCAAAACUCACCUAUCCUAUGACUUGUACCUGGAACCCUGGGAGACAUACAUUCCUGGACACUCACUUUAGAUUGAAAUACAGAUGGCCACAUGAGAGCUUUCCUGACUGUAUACCAAAAGAUGUAAACAAUUCUUGUACGAUUACUGAUGUUCAGUUCUUUGUUAACCUGGAGAUCUGGGUAGAAGCAGCAAAUGCUCUUGGAAAGGCUGAAUCUGAUCCUCUUGUUCUUGAUCCCAUUGAGAUUGUUAAACCUUUGUCUCCACACAACUUAUCAGUCAACUCAGGAAUACUACCUACUGUUCUGAAGCUUUCCUGGGAGAAUCGGAUUUCAGGAGCUGUGAUGAAACUGAAAUUCAAUAUUCGCUAUAAGAUCGUCGGUGACACAAACUGGAUCCAGGUUCCUCCUGAAGAUACAGCUUCACCUAGAACUUCAUUCAGUGUUCAAGGGCUGAGGCCCUACACAGAGUAUGUCUUCUCGAUUCGUUGCAUGAAGGAAGAUGGAGUGGGCUACUGGAGUGACUGGAGUGAAGAGAAAACUGGGGUUACCACUGAAGACAAACCAUCUAAAGGACCAGCCCUAUGGAGGAUCAUUGAUGCAUCUGAUUCGCCAGCUUCCCGGACUGUGCAUCUGUUGUGGAAGGCCUUGGAGCCAUUUGAAGCCAAUGGAGUAAUCCUGCAAUAUGAAGUGACUAUCAGAGCUAAAUCAUCUGUCUCCACUCCACCAGAGGAAUACAAUGUUAAGGCCACCAACCUUACAGUAAAGCUGUCAAAUGGAACUUAUGAAGUGACUUUGGUUGCCCGUAACAGAGUUGGGGCAUCCCCUCCAUCAGUUUUACUUAUCCCAGCAAGUAAUUCAAAAGCCCCUGUGAGGAAUGUUAGAACACUACCUAAAGAUGGCAAGUUGUGGGUAGGGUGGACUGCUCCUAACAUUUCUGUUCUCAAAUACGUGAUUGAAUGGUGUCUGGUGUCCAACAGCUCAAACUGUGUCAUAGAAUGGCAGAACGAACCAGGAAAUGUUCAAGGAACAUAUUUAAAAGGUGAUAUAAAGCCUUUCAAGUGUUACUUGAUAACUGUGUACCCUCUGUAUGCUGAUGGUCAGGGAAGUGGACAGUCUGUGAAGGCUUAUCUUCAGCAGGAUCGUCCUUCAAAAGGACCAACUGUUCAGACAAAAAAGGUAGGAAAAGCUGAAGCUGUUUUGACAUGGAACCAUCUCACAGUGGAUGAACAAAAUGGAUUUAUCAGAAAUUACACCAUAUUUUACAAAACUGUUGAUGGAAAUGAAACAGCUGUGACAGUGGAUCCUUCCAAGACAGAGUACACCCUUUCUUCUCUAGCCAGUGACACACUGUAUACUGUGCGGAUGAUGGCAUACACAGAUGAAGGCGGCAGGAGUGGCCCUGAUUUUACCUUUACUACACAAAAAUUUGGGAAAGGAGAAAUUGAAGCCAUAGUUGUACCUGUGUGUCUAGCAUUCCUGCUGAUUGUGCUCCUUGGAGUUUUGUUUUGCUUCAAUAAACGUGACUUAAUUAAAAAGCAUAUCUGGCCUAUUGUCCCUGAUCCAUCCAAGAGUAACAUUGCUCAGUGGUCUCCUCAAGUUCCAGCUAAGCAUAACUUAAGUUCCAAAGAUCAGAUGUACCCAGAAGGAAGCUUUACAGAUGUAAGCGUUGUAGAAAUAGAAGCUGACGACAAGAAGUCUUUUUCAGAACAAGAUCUAAAACCAUUUGACUUGCUUAAAAAGGAAAAAAGUACUUCAGAAGGGCACAGCAGUGGUAUUGGAGGAUCCUCGUGCAUGUCUUCUCCUAGGCAAAGCGUCUCUGACAGCGAUGAAGGUGAAACUAUGCAAAACACUUCAAGCACUGUACAGUAUUCAACUGUAGUGCUUAAUGGCUACAGAGACCAAACACCUGUACAAGUCUUUUCAAGGUCUGAGUCGACUCAGCCACUGCUAGAUUCAGAAGAGAGAUCAGAGGAUCAUGCUGGAGGAGGUGACAGUACAACACAGAGGCAGCAGUAUUUCAGACAAAAUGGUGGUCAGGAUGAAACCAACAUAGACAGGCCAUGCUUUGAAAGAACAAAGCAAAUUCCUUCUGCUGAUGAGGGGGAUCUUGUUGGAUUUGCACAACUGCAGAUCUCAGGUCAGAGUUCACAGCUGUUGGGCCUUGGGCUGGAAGGAAGUACCCAGGAAGAUGCUCUGUCAGAUGUUUUACAGGGAAGUACUGAAGGACAAGCUGUGAGACCUGGAACAGGAGAAGGAAAUUCACUGGCAAUUGAUGAAAUGCCAAAAAGUUACCUCCCACAGACUGUGAGACAAGGGGGCUAUAUGCCUCAGUAAGAGAAGAGACUGGCUCUGUUUAGGCCUUCAUUAGUGCCUGUUCACACUUUCUCCUGUGUUUCUGAUAAUUUAAGCUAGGUAUUUUUAUCUGAAUGCAGAUUGAAAUACUGAAGUUAAGUGAAGAGUAAUUUGACAAAGUACAAUAAGGACUGUGUUUUUGUGGAAAAUUUGCAAUCCAGACCCUCUGGAGACUUACUUUUAUGCACUACAUAAAAUCUUAUGUCUGGGUAGCCAAACAAGCCUUUGUGCUACCCUGUUUUUUUUGGUGUCUUGUCGUAUCAGAUUUAUACAUGAUUGAAAAUGGCAAGUUUCAAUUAAUCACAUCAGCUGAUAGACCUCCUAGAAGAAAUACUUCAAUUUGUGACAGUGUACAAGCCUAAAAAGUUGGCUUUAAUUGCUUGGAGCAUCUCUGUGCAAAAGUAAGACUGAAGCUUAGUAUUCUAACAUGGAAGAAUACUCGCAUCAUGUACUUUUCAAUAGUUUCAUAGACUUCCUGAAUUUUGACUUGGCCCAGUGUCCCUGUUUUCAACUUAACAGACAUGGAAAUCAUGUUCAUCCCCUUUUAAAAAUUAUAAAAAUUAAAUAGAACUUGGUGCGGUGUGCAAAUAAGAGAGCACCAUGAUUGCUUGACUCUGAAGGCUACUAUAGUAAUUGAUACUCUGCCUACAUUUAGAUAUGCAUGCACAUGAACUAUAUUAUGAUUAGGCCUAAAAAUGUGCCUUGCAACUUGAUGCACAGCACAUUCAACAAUUUAAAAAAUCCAAAUGAUAACACAGAUUAACAGCUAUUUAAAGGUUUUGUACCCAAAUCACUGUCUGAUUAUACCAUACAUCUCUGGUUAUAUAAAUUGCCUUUGUUAAUAUGUGCAUCUUUGCUGUAUAGAGGUAGAGAGGCAAGUAAGGAGCUCUUAAGUUUUAAGCAUUUUUCUAACUGCUCUGGAGAAAAGGGAAUACAACCUCCUUCCUGAUUGUCUACAAGCAUUAGUGUGCUAUAACCUCACUGCUAAUGCCACAGGACCUCCUUGAAGCUGAAAGCAGCAAAAACCAAAGCAUUGAAGUCACUGAAGCUCUUAAGAAGAAAAAAGCAAAGCUUAUACCCUGAAUUUGAACAUUACUGGUGGUAUGUAUCCAUUAACAGUCAUGAGCCACAAAUAACACUUACAAUGUUGUUAAAAUUCCUUAUUUUACUCUUAUGUCUCACUUCUCCACUCUUACAGUUUGCAUUUUGUUGAAGAAGAUAAAUAUCUUGGAGACUUUCUCUGCCCGGGUUUAUAGAAAAAUGAAAUUACAUUAAAAUAAACCCAUUCUCCAAUAAUAACUAGAAUUUUUAUGGCACUCUUGUAGAUUUGUUUUAACCUUAACUUAGUCUAGUUAGCUUUCUAAUCCAACACUAAUGAAACCUUAAUUCAAGACACUAAAUGUUGUGCUGUGAGAAUAAAACAAGGGUUUUGCUUCUCCUUCAGCAGAAGAACUAUGUAUUUAAGACCAUCUGAAAUCUUUUGUGCUGUGACCUCUGAUGCUGCUAUUCUGCAAAGCAUUUGCUUUGGAAAGGCAGAUUUCAGUAUCAUUUCAACUUGCCUUGUCCUUAUCUGCCGGCUUGCAUGAAAGGACAGGUAUACAAUAUAGACGUAUACAUGUCUCUUCUGCAUUUGUUACAAAGAAAUUCAAUGCUAGAAUAUGUUUGUAAGAUUACCUCUUGAAGUUUGGACUAUUUAAAGCUGAUAAAGGAUGCAAAAUAUUUAAUAACAUUUCAGUAUUCCACAGUCCCUUUUUCCCAACGGUGUUUUUUGUAUUUGAGCACUUUUUUAAACUAAAAGGCCAUGUUGCAGCUUACCAUAACUACUCCUUUCUUCAAUCCAGUCCCCUUCCUUUUCUCCUCACUCCACCUCAGCACCUUCAAAUUCCCUCCCAGAGGGCAACGGCAUAAUGAGAACUAUUCUGUCACAAGACAGCAGAGACUGUCUUUUGGUAUUUCAGAGGUUGACAGAACAUUCCUUUGUCAGAACACAUUCCUCUUGGAAAAUAAUAGCAGUUACUUUACUUGGGGAUGGGCCACCUUCUCUAUGCAAACCUCAUACUGAUAAGAAACUGAAAGAAAAAGGGAAAGUCUCCACUGAGCAGUGUGCAUGCUUAUUAGAACUGCUCUGCAUUUAAUCCACCUCCUGCUCAUCUCUGAAAUACUCUGUGGGCCACAACCUGGCUACUUAGUCUGAACAUUGCUUCAAAGGCCUGGAUGUUUUCAAAGUAAUGAUAUUUUUUUAAAAUGUUUUUUUAUAAUCCAGUGAUACUAAGUUUUGGUAGCAUGUGUCUUAUUUGAGGGACAACUUCAGUUAUUCCUGAAGUUGCUCUUUGCCUUUCUGUUGUGUAAAGGAAAGUAAUAUUGUUCUCAGUUGCUGUUAAUCAUUAUGCUUCCAGCAUUAAACAAACAGCAUCAAGAGAUUCUCAUUUUUAAAGGUUUGUGCUAAAGUUCUGGCCUGUCACUUCUGGUAUCUUUCUUUAUUGUUUUUUGUGCCAGUGGUAGUAAACUCAGAAAGUUGUUCAGGAAGAGUAUCCUAGAGAGAAUUCCAUCUGUCUGCCAGAGUUAUGUUCUAUCUUUCAGGAUUGGGCAUUUAUCUAGGGCUACAAUACUAAAGACUAAGCAGGAGAUACUUGUGGGUGAACUGCUUGUAGAAGCCACAUUACAUAUAACUAACAGGUUUACAGCUUGUUCAUAAACCUAUGUGCCAAAUAUUAUAUCAAUGCAGUGUUCAGGGUUUAACUUGAUUUUGUACUUUAAAUCAUAACAAUCUGAUUGUAUCAAACAGUUGCAUACAGGUUUUUAGAGUGUCUGUCAUGUAAUUAUAGCAAUCCACUGAAAUUCUCUGAACUUGGCCCUAAUGUAGUAACUAAAGAAGAAGCUUCCCCCGGCUCCCAAUAACUAUGGUGCACUUUACAAAAUAAAGGCAUUAUUAUAAUAAAACCACACUUCAGUACUGACACUUUCAUGUCCAUCUUGAUUACCUGGACUGGAAUUUUUCAGGUAGGGGUGGGAGAACAGUUGUAAAGAUCCUUUUACUUUGGUGGCAGGGAAAGGGGAAAUAUAAAUUAUUAUGCAGGUAUUAGCAUGUUUGAAACAUCUCUUCGGUGCAGGGUGACUAACUGCUCUUCUGUUUGCAAGAAAAGUGAAUAUAUAGUUCUGUUGUGGUGGUUCUGUCAGAACAGGAGGUUGUUGGGGUUGUUUAUGGGGUGUGAUGGAUCGCUUUCCAGGCCAGUUAGUCUAGGAAUAUCCUCUCCCACUGUAGUGAAAGUCUUGGGAUUAUGUUUCAUAUGCGGUACUGUAGUAAACCAAACUGCCUGUUAAGACAUAACGUGGCAGCACAAAGCACAGCAGAGCAAGAUUUUUUUCUAAACUUCAUUUGGCAUGUCUGUUACUAUCAUGUGCCUAUUGUGCUACAGCAGCCUAGCAAAACGCUAAUUGUCAGGACUGUGAAAAGCUUUGGCCCUUGGAGGAGGAGGGAGCUUGUAGGCAAAGGCUGAGUCCCAUUCCUGCGCAGUAGAGAAGUCCCAUGGCAUGGGGUGGCAUUUGCAGCUUCCACUUUGACUGUAAAUCAUGAGCACCACCAGGUGGUGCCCAAUAUGUGGCAUUAGACCAGUGUGUGCUCAUUUGACUUCAGUAAUUGAACUUGUUUUAGUGCCAGGUCUUGAACAUCGGAACAGCCACAUCAGUGUGUGCUUCUGCAGUGCUGACUUCAACAGUGGGAUUUGAAACUCCAAAGACUCUCCAGUUACUAGUAGUCAGCCCAACUCCAGGGCAUACACAUAUUAAAUUGUCUUUUAUGUGCAUUAAAUGGGACUAAAUAUACUUUAUUUUUAAAUAUACUUCCUUUUCCCUGAGACAGUUGUUGAAAUUGAGAUUAACUGUUACUUCAAUAUGUUUCUUUAACUAUGUUAAAAAAUUCUCUAGACUGAUGGAUUGUAAAAAUUGCUUAAUCCCCUGUAACCUCGUGUCUAGGAUGGAUACCUAUAGCCAUUUCAAAUUCCCAGAGUUGCUUACGUUAUUUGGAAGCAGUCAAUAAGAAAAAAUAUUUAGUCUUUUGUCAUGAAAGAGCCAUUUGGGAAUUACAGCCAGUACCACAGUCUUCAGCUUAGGUCUUGAUCCAGAAAACUGCAGUGGAGGCAUAUGUGCAAAAGUUUGGGGAAGGGUAAAAUUAAGUAUCUUGCAGUGGAUUCAUAAAUUCUCAUUUCUUUAGAAGUGAAAGGAUCAGUUUAAAAAAAUUGAGGUAAAACACACGUCUGUCUGCUUUCACUGUUCUUUCCUUUGUAUUACUUGUGCAGUCUGAGCCAUUUCAAAAAACUAAAGCAGUGCUGUCUUUAUGCACAAAGGUGCAUUUUUAAGGCCACAAAAUUUGUUAUGAACAAAUGUAAAAUUAAUGACUAAGGGCCAGAUCUAACAACUGCCCAUUUCCAAACCCCUCCUGAUUUUAGUGCAGAGGGAGGGUGGGCAGUAAGUACCUCCCAGAAUGCAGCCUUAGCCAGUGUUUGUGUUUAUCUGCAAAGACAACUUUGAAGGGGAUAUAUGCAAUAAAGUCAUUGAUACUCUGCAGAAGCACACUUCUGUAACAAAAGAUGAACAACACGUAUGGCACAACUGUCGGCAGACAGCUGGAAAGCUCCAUGCCCUCCUGCUCAGACUGAGGCAUCUUCUGCACCCUGCACUGGCUGUUCUCCUGCGGCGACGGCAGGCGCGGCAGAUGAGCCUUCUCUGCAGUGUUGAAACUGGUGACACCUGUUGCUUCUCUUCAUACCGAAGCACAUUCGUCAACGGAUUCAAUCAACUUGCUGUGGUUUUUUAACACACCAGUCUUGUUUACAGUGUCACAUACAGCCUGGCACUUGGAUACAGCGAUGGAUCGUCUAGUAACCAAGGGCUUUUAUUUGGGGAUAAAGAGUCUAUAGUCAAGGUUACUGGUCACUGAACGUUGCUGUGCAGUUACAUGCAUCUGGGUAAGCAGAGGCAUGGAACACAGGAACAGACAUACGGACAAGGAAAGUGCCUUGAUGCUGGAUCAUAUGGCUAGUGAAUGUAAACAUUAAGUCAAAUUUUGUAUGUACUUUAACUAUGGCUUUUUAAGCUACUGGUAAUUAAGAGUGCCAGCUUUAAAGGGCUUGCAUACUCCAGCCAGAGGUUAAACUUGUAAUUGCUGCAUAAGCUGUCUCUAUAUGGAAAUGUGUUUUAAUACCAGUGUGCUAUCUUCAUUCUUUUGCAAGUUGCAUGUUUAUUGUCAUAUAAACUCUACUUUCUAGAAUUUA